GGCGGAUGAAGCGAGAUUUCACUCAAGACUGAAAAGAAAUCUGAAAGAUGUCGGGUCGCUCGUUUAGAGCCGAGACCCGUAGUCGAGCCAAAGAUGACAUGAAGAAAGUGAUGGCGGUUAUUGAAAAGGUCCGGCGAUGGGAGAAGAAGUGGGUGACAGUUGGAGACACGUCUCUGCGGAUAUUUAAGUGGGUGCCGGUGGCCGAUGGAAAGGAGGACAAGAACGCCAAUGGAAAUACAGGAAGAGAAGUUACCACAUUCCCUGUGGAUCCAGGGUCUGAUAGCAACUCAGCCGGCCUCCUUGAGUUUCAAGAUGAAAACAGCAACCAGAGCUCCCUUUCAGACUCCUAUCAGCCCAAGGCAGACAGCAGCAGCAAUUCAAGCCCGCAGCCCAGUGAGCCUGUCAGCCCAGCCCCUAUGUCAGACUUCAGGACAGACGAUUCUCAGCCUCCCACUCUGGGGCAGGAGAGCAUGGAAGAUUCAUCAUUGUCAACCUGUGAAGUAAUAGAUGAGCCUCCCAUGUUGACUAAAGAGGUUCUUAUACCUGCUGCCUCUCAGGUUGUUGAAGAAGAUGACUUUAACUCUGGAGCACCACCGGUGAAAAGAAUGCGCCCAGACUACUGUUCCGUCCUUCAGACAACAUCGCAGAGCUAGCACAGUAGGCCUGGUAGUCAUUCUGCCAGUGUGAGAAAAUUGUCAAGACUGUGAUUAAGUGUACUGAUUAUUUCAUUAGGGCCUAAUGGCUGUUGAGGUGAUGUCUAGCUCUUAUUCCCGUGUAUUACAGUAGCGGACUAUACUCUCUCUCCCAUUGCACAUCUCAAGUAUCUAUAAGGAAUCCAGUGAACUUGUUUCCCAAGAGAGUUUCAACUAACAACAGUUUUGUGAAUAAAUCUGGUCAGCACUGGUUUGCUUUCCAUUUUAACUCUUGUAGAACAAAAAGCAAAAAUAUUGCUCUGGACAUAGUCCAGCCUUGGGGAACAUCAAUAAUUCAAGUUUCAGAGGAAAGAACUAAAAUAAUUUACCAGCUGGAACAGACAUCAGGCAGGUCAUCAAAGACUAGAGGAGAGAAAGGAAGUGGGAUAGAUUCAUGUUAUUGAUUUUAACUAUGUUAGAAUGUUAUUACAAACAGGGCUAUACAAGCACUGUGUGAGAAUGAUAAAAGUGAAUUUCUGUGUCUAUCUUAAUUGUGAAUGCUUAUGUUCAUAUUACAUUGCAGUAUUUUAAGUUAAAGAUCAGACAUGAACACCCUCUUCAGCGAAGAUUUUAUUUCACAUGAUCUUCUGUUAUUCCUUAUGCUACAGAUUUACCACAGACAGCUUUUUAUAUAUAUAUAUAUAUAUAUAUAUAUAUAUAUAUAUAAAGACAGGGGGAAAUGUAUCCCACUACUCUCAUUAUGUUAUUUUGCUGAAGUUGUCAGUAAGUGUUACUUGGUUAUCAUUAGCUGUUUAGUGCUAGCUUGUAACUGAAGGCCAUCUCAUGUAUGGUCUACACAGCAAGUAUAUUAACAGAGUAGGUGACCAACAUAGCUUUGUAUUUAGUUGAAGGUGGACCUGAACUGCUGAUGUAGUUCUGAUAGGACACAGUAGUGUCGGCAGAUUAAAUUCUUAGAAGCAGCAUUUAAAGCAAAUUUAAAUAUAUUUUUUUAAAAGUGACUUCUAAUCAUGGCAAAUAUAUCAGAACACUUUGCUGCUAUUGCUUCUCCAUCCUCAUUUAUUGUGAUGCGUUGCUAGAAUAAUUUUGUGCCUCAUAGACUGUUUCUAAUGUAGCUAUGCACUUAAUUCUGACGUCUUUUUCUACAUACUGUACUGAACCACUGGAGCCCAGUGGUAAAAUCCCAAACCACUUUCUUAAGGAACAAAAUUGCAUCAGUACCUGUUUCAAGGUGGUUAUGUGAGGCAUCCUCAUUUACCACUCUGAAAGAGAAGGGGGCUUCAGCUGGAGUCUUGGGUUGUUCAGCACUUUUUACUCAGGGAAAUUAUGGAAAAUUUAUGCACGGCACUUUGAAAGUGCUAGAAAUAGUAGAAGCCGACAAAUGCUAAAUAAUUUAUGCAAAAAGCAGUAAUAAAAAUGUCUCUUGCUUAGUUUGUGAGAUGCAAUAAUUGACUAUAUCAAGACAAUAGGAUUUGAGGGAUGAUUUGUCUACCUGGUAUUUUCAAGAGAGCUUGCUGGUAUGAUAUGAAGACCCAGUCAGGCCAAUAGAUAAGUAGUCAUAACACACAGUUCAUUUCUGGUUAAAUGGACCAAUUGUUAUAUGAGGAAUGUGGUGUGUUUUUGUUUGUGUGUUUUUUUUUUUGUUUUUUAAUAGCAUCUCAUUUACCUUUAAUUGGUUUGUCUGCAGAGUAUGAUAUUUUUGGAAUGUAGAGUGUCAUUUGACAUGCUGUCCUUUAAUUAUAAAUGAGCCUAGGGCUGUGCCAUGUAAACAGUAUACAUCAAAGAAUCAUCUGACUGGCUAAAAACUGCAUAACAUGUACGUGAAGUGUGGGCAGGCUCUGUCUGCACAUGUAUUCAAAAACCAUGAUUUAUAUAUGCAUGUCUCUAGUAAGUCAUGUUCUGAGCAUACCUGCAUUAUCUGAGACACUUACCUAAUCUACAGUUCAU